AUUGCCUGGGGCUCGCCAUGUCCAGCGGCCAAAAUCAAAUCAAAUUAAAUUUGUGCCAACAAAACAGAAGGAAAAAGCAGAGGAAACGCAAAGUGUGGGGUGGCUGGUGGAAAAUGUUUCGUUUGCAUGGAAAUUUCGGGCAAGAUUUUAAAUUUUCUUGAAGGCAAGGAAAGGAAACUGAGAAAGAAGUGGAGUGAAAUGAACAAGUUGCUUGACAGCCGCUUGCUGUUUCGGAGUCAUAAAUCAAAAAGUUUUUGACAAAUUGCACAUUAAAGACGCCUUUGGUUCAAUUAAAUAGAAAUUGAAUUAAAUUAUAAGGCUGUCUGCCCUUGAAAAAGUGCACAACAUCGAUGUAGAAAGAAAAGAACCAGAAUUGCGAUCGAAAUAAGCAGCCAAAAUGAUUCAAAGUUUUAACCGGUUUGGCGAGAAGCAAGCCCUAAAAAUAAUACGCUAAACGUUAAGCAUCAUUUAUGGCCCAAAGGUAAAAAGUGGCGAAAGAAGACAAAGAAAGCAAGGAAAAGCGCCCGCAGACAUGUCAUCAAACAGAAUCCGGCCGGAGUUGGUCCUCCUGCAGCUGCUGCUGCUGGCGGCCACACUAAUCCCUUUGCUGCAGGCCGGGCUAGUUACAGCUCCGCACUUCGAUUCGGUUUCGGAUUUGGUUUCGGAUUCGGAUGCGGAUCCGGACACCACCAGCACCACCAUUGCCACCGUCGCCACCAGCAACUAUGACCCGCAUGCGGAGGAGCAGCAAGUGGAAUCGGAGACGGAGGCCACUGCUGCUCAAGUGGAUGGCCAACGCAUCGACUGCAAAUUGACUUUCGAUGCGGCGACAAUGGACUCGUUAGGCUGCCACAAUGAGGGGGCGUUGCCGGGGAGGGGGGCGUGGCCCGGCAGUGGUAAUAAGCCGGUGGAGGAGAUGCCUUCUGCAAGUCCAGACUGGCGGCGCCACUUGAAGUCCCCGGACAGCCAGCCCAUCUAUGAAUUACAAUUGGUUGUUUGGCCCAGUGACAUCGAGGAUGGUGAUGACUUCAGUCCGCCGCUGGCCACCACCAGCACCACAACAACAACAGCUAGGACCACUAGAGCCACCAGUACCACCACUCCAAGCACUCCUCCCAAGCCCACCCAAAUUGGGACACCUAUUGAGCAAAUGUGGCCAUUGUACGAGGAUCAAUUGGUUGUAUUUCCGCAAAUGGACUUUGAAGAGGAGAAUCUUGAUUAUUUCUUCGACGAGGUGCCACCACCCACGGGUCCACCGGUAACCACCAGCCAUCCCACGGGCACGCCCACUCCCACGCCCAUUUACGCCCAUGUUGUGCAAAACUAUCACGUUAUACACCCGAACGGCACCGAGGAGUACAAAUUGGUGAUGAGCAACGGCCUGGUGAACUACAAGAAGCUGUACACCAAGAAAGUGGGUGACCGGGUGAUCAACGUGCAGGAGGGCUACAAUUCAGUGCCCAUUCCAGGACCCAAGAACCAAAUCCAGACGCAGUACUACAUUGCCGACGAGCGGGGCUACAAUGUCUACAGAAUCGAGCUCCACUAUCACCAGCCAGGGUUGCCCAAACAUUUGCAUUACAAAGCCACAAAAGCGACCAAUAUGUGAAUGAGGAUGGGCUGGAUUUCCAACUGGCGGCACAGUGGUUCUUGCCGCAGUAAAUAAACAAAUAUAUAAUUU